ACGCUGCACCCAAAGAUGAGGAGCGGGAAGGCCUCUUGUGCCCUGGAGACCGUCUGGGAGGACAAGCACAAGUAUGAGGAAGCUGAGCGGCGCUUCCACGAGCACGAGGCCAUGCAAGCCGCCACCUCUGCCCAGCAGCUCUUGGCCGAGGUGCCAGCUGUGAACGGACCUGGCCAGGAGGACACCGAGGACGCUGACGAGGCAGAGGCCCCUAACACGAGCAGCAGGAAUGAUCCCAGGAAGAGCCAUGAUGGCAGGAAGCCCCUGCAGCAAAAGAGGAAGCGCUCCCCCAAGAGCUGGCUUGCCCAGGAAGACCUGGCCCUUGUGGGCCUCUCGGCUGACCACGUGUGGCUGGACAAGCCACUCUUCGACCAGGCAGAGAGUUCCUAUCGCCAGAGGCUGGCAGAUGUAGCCGCCCAUACAGCUCAGCAGCCUGCUCUGGUCCCUCGGGGUACCUGCACACAUGGGAGCCAGGUGGCCUGUCACCAUGUGACCUGGGGGAUCUGGGUCAACAAGUCUUGCUUUGACCAGGCUGAGCGGGCUUUCGUGGAAUGGUCUCAGGCUCUGCUGCUGGCUGCAGAGGGGAGCUGCAGGCAUGGAGCUCCUGAUACAGGCCAGCAGGCAAUCACCCCUGACCUGGUGCUGGCAUGCCAGCCUAGCCCACCAGCCAACGGCCAGCCUCCUCUUGGGAGCUUGCAGGCACUGGUGCGAGAAGUGUGGCUGGAGAAGCCCCGGUAUGAUGCUGCUGAGAGGGGCUUCUAUGAGGCCCUGUUUGACGGUCACCCCCCUGGGAAGGUGCGCCUGCAGGAGCGAGCCAGCCAGUCAGAGGGCGCCCGCCGGGGCCGCAGAGACCGGCGGGGCCGGAACGCCAUAGGAAGCAAACGGGCUGGGCCACGAAGGGCUGAUGGAGAGGUCCCGUCUGCCUUGCCCUACUGGUACUUCCUGCACAAGGACGCAGAGGCACCCUGGCUCAGCAAGCCCACCUAUGACAGUGCCGAGUGCCGCCACCAUGCAGCUGAGGCCCUGCGCAUGGCCUGGCGCCUGGAAGCUGCCACCCUGGCUCACCGACCUGGGCUUCGAUCUGGCCCAUCCAUAUCCAUACCCAGCUUGAGACCCAAAAAAAUGGCUACAAACUUUCUAGUGCAUGAGAAGAUCUGGUUUGACAAGUUCAAAUAUGAUGAUGCUGAAAGGAAAUUCUACGAGCAAAUGAAUGGGCCUGUGGCUGCCUCCUCCCGCCAGGAGAAUGGUGCCAGCGUGAUCUUGCGCGACAUAGCAAGAGCCAGAGAGAACAUCCAGAAAUCCCUGGCCGGAAGCUCAGGCCCUGGGGCCUCCAGUGGGCCUAGCGGAGAUCACAGUGAGCUCAUUGUACGGAUCGCCAGCCUGGAAGUGGAGAACCAGAAUCUGCGAGGCGUUGUGCAGGAUUUGCAGCAGGCCAUUGCCAGGCUGGAGGCCCGGCUGAGCACCCUGGAGAAAAGUUCACCCACCCACCGAGCCACAGCCCCACAGACCCAGCAUGUAUCUCCCAUGCGCCAAGCGGAGCCCCCGGCCAAGAAGGUGGCAACACCAGCAGAGGACGAUGAGGACAAUGACAUCGACCUGUUUGGCAGCGAGGAGGAGGAGGAGGACAAGGAGGCAGCUCGGCUGCGGGAGGAGAGGCUGCGGCAAUAUGCAGAGAAGAAGGCCAGGAAGCCCUCGCUGGUGGCGAAGUCCUCCAUCCUCCUGGACGUCAAACCUUGGGAUGAUGAGACGGACAUGGCCCAGCUGGAGGCUUGUGUGCGCUCCAUCCAGCUAGAUGGGCUUGUCUGGGGCGGCUCCAAGUUGGUGCCUGUGGGCUAUGGCAUUCGGAAGCUGCAGAUCCAGUGUGUUGUGGAAGACGACAAAGUGGGCACCGACUUGUUGGAAGAGGAGAUCACCAAGUUUGAGGAGCAUGUACAGAGUGUCGACAUUGCUGCUUUUAACAAGAUCUGAAGCUUGAGCCUGUGUUUUGUGUGUGUGUGAGACGCCCUGCUGAAAUUAAAACUGAGACUGCA